UCUAGGAGCCCCGCCCCGUCCCGCUUAGACAAUGCCCCGGAGCCGCCAGACCGUCGCGCCCCCGCCCCACCGUAGUUCUUGAGCUCGCCUACCCGGGGACCCCUCAAAAGCAAAGAGCUCCAGUCCCCGAGGCUUGAAGACUAGGACUCCCUUCUCCAACUCUGUCCUCAGGGGGGUGGGGCCCCAGCCAAGAUCACAGAACGCAGGAGUCGGGGUGGCCACUGGAGGACUUCCAUCUUCCAGGCCUUGACUCUCUCCCCAGCUGCCUCCUCCUGUCCCAUAACCCCUUUGGGUCCCUCGCCGCACUUCGGGUCCCUAUGGCAGCGAGCAGCUGAGGGUUAAGGGGGCGGGACCGUUGCAUUUUUGGGGAGUGAGCGCAUCCUAGCGGCUGCCAAGAGGGGCGCCUAGCAGGGACCUCGCAAAGCCCCCUAACUGGGGCAACAGACAGGUGAAGUAAAAAGAGAAAACUAAGAAAUCAGCGCGGCCGGAGGGGGAGACUGUGUGGAUGGGAUGGGGACGCCAGGGGAGGGGCUGGGCCGCUGCUCCCAUGCCCUGAUCCGGGGGGUCCCGGAGAGCCUGGCUUCGGGGGAGGGUGCGGGGGCUGGCCUCCCGGCUCUGGACCUGGCUAAAGCUCAGAGGGAGCACGGGGUACUGGGGGGUAAACUGAGGCAGCGGUUGGGGCUGCAGCUGCUAGAACUGCCUCCUGAAGAGUCGCUGCCGCUGGGACCGCUCCUCGGUGACACCGCCGUGAUCCAAGGGGACACGGCCCUAAUUACGCGUCCCUGGAGCCCCUCCCGCAGGCCGGAGGUCGAUGGAGUCCGCAAAGCCCUUCAGGACCUUGGGCUCCGGAUUGUGGAGAUGGGGGAUGAGAACGCGACGUUGGAUGGCACUGAUGUUCUCUUUACGGGCCGGGAGUUUUUCGUAGGCCUCUCCAAGUGGACCAAUCACCGAGGAGCUGAGAUCGUGGCAGACACGUUCCGAGACUUCGCUGUCUCCACAGUGCCGGUCUCGAGCACCUCCCAUCUGCGCGGUCUUUGCGGCAUGGGGGGACCCCGCACGGUCGUGGCUGGUAGCAGCGAGGCUGCCCAAAAGGCUGUCAGGGCGAUGGCAGUGUUGACAGACCACCCCUAUGCGUCCCUGACUCUCCCAGAUGAUGCAGCUGCUGACUGUCUCUUUUUGCGACCUGGGCUGCCUGGUGUGCACCCUUUUCUCCUGCACCGUGGAGGCGGGGACCUGCCCAAUAGCCAGGAGGCAUUGCAGAAGCUCUCUGAUGUCACCCUGGUACCUGUGUCCUGCUCAGAACUGGAGAAGGCAGGCGCCGGGCUCAGCUCCCUCUGCCUGGUGCUCAGCACGCGUCCCCACAGCUGAGCUCCUGGCCUUAGGGUUCUGGCUGGCCAAUGUUUGGGCAGCAUAGGGAGUAGAAGCGGAAGGAGGCUUAGAUAGAGGACGGUGAAUAGGUAUAGUAGUGGGGAGAGGGCCCCAAGAUGGGGGGGGGGCUUAGUGUGGGAAAAAUGAUAGAGUCCACUGGGUGAGUCUUCUCCCACAGAACUAAUAAAACAGAACUGACCUUUUA